UAUUUGACUUUUGCAAGUGAAUAUAAACCAAUUGCCAAUUGGUACCCAAAUACAAUGUUUUUGGGAAUAUGUUAAAUGGCAUUAUUUUGUCGAUCCAUCAUCUCUACCUUUCCACUACCUCGUUUUCCAUUGCAACUCAAUACCUCAAUUCCUUCCCCAUAUUACCCUCCUAAAUCCCACCAAAUUACCGCUUUGCCACUCCUUCGUUGCAAAACAGUUUCGUUUGCUUCACUGUCAUCACAGUCGCCAUCAUCAUCAUCAAUGGAAAAUCCACCAGAAGGUUACAGAAGAAACGUCGGCAUUUGUCUUAUGAACCCUUCCAAUAAAAAGAUUUUUGCUGCUUCAAGGCUUGAUAUACCAAGUGCUUGGCAAAUGCCGCAGGGUGGAGUUGAUGACAACGAAGAUCCGAGAAAUGCUGCCAUCAGGGAAUUAAGAGAGGAAACUGGGGUUACUUCAGCUGAAAUUGUUGCUGAGGUUCCACAUUGGGUAACAUAUGAUUUCCCUCUAGAUGUUAGAGAAAAGCUACGGCAUCAAUGGGGAUCUGACUGGAAAGGUCAAGCACAGAAGUGGUUCCUAUUUAAGUUCACUGGAAAGGAUGAUGAGAUCAACCUUCUGGGGGAUGGGACAGAGAAGGCCGAGUUUGGAGAAUGGUCAUGGAUAUCACCUGAGCAAGUUAUUGAACUUGCAGUGGAAUUCAAGAAGCCUGUUUACAAGGAAGUUCUAUCUGUUUUCUCGCAACAUUUCCAGCAAUGAAACUGGUCAUUUCUGAAGUACGAAGUUCAAGAGGUUUUAUUUUCCAAAAUAAUGGCAGGAGGUCCAGUAUGAUUUUUGCAAGGGAGCUAACCUCAGCCGGUUUCAGUGAAAUAAAGCUAUAAACUUGUUCUACCGUGUACAAUUAUUGAUUAUGAUGUAACCUCAUUUUCCCUUUCCUUUUAUAGAAAAAAAGGAGUUGCCCGACUCUUUGGUCUUCAGAACGCUGGUUUUAAGAAUUGAGUCGUUGCCCUUCUCUGACCUUGACCGCCCUUUUUACACAGGGAAAAAGGGAAUGAUGAGAAUUAAACUUUUAACUUGUUUUGUGACAGAUUUUCACCAGUCCCAAAUAGACGUGAUGCAUUUUGACAUGA